AUGAGUCAAAGUGAAAAUCUAAGAGAACACGUUAGAAUUCAUACCGGUGAAAAACCGUUCAAAUGUGAUUUUUGUGGUCUUGAGUUUAGUCGACAAAAUUACUAUAAAAAACAUAUAAAAAUUCAUACCGGAGAUCAACCUUAUAAGUGUGGUGUGUGCAACAAAGGGUUUCAUUUCAACACUGCCCUCCAAGCUCAUAUGAGAAAACACACUGGAGAUAAACCAUAUAAUUGUGAUGUUUGCGGUGAAACAUUUAAUCAGGAAAGAUGUUUGAAAACUCACUUGAAUAAACAUGCUUGUGAAAAAGUGGAAAAUUAUAAAUGUGAUAUAUGUCGUAAAGAUUUUCCUAAGAUAAGUGACUUGCAGAGCCAUACUAUGAAUGUUGACAGCAAAGAAUUAAAGAUGUAUUUUUGUGAACAGUGUGCAUCUGGUCAGCAAUAA